AAAGAAUCAUCAUGUGCUCCCACUUAACCAUUUGUUUUAUGAAAAAACUGCUCAAGCAGUUCAUUUUCAUCAACCAAACAUUAUUCCUUACAAGAACUUCUCCUCCUCCUCCUCCAACUACCAAAGAUUGAAGUGGCGAUUCCAUUUUUAUCACUACAGCUCGAUCUGAUUCCACUGUUUGAUCGAACCAGUUAUCAGAGUUCAUCCGCAAUCAGUAAUCUAUGGCCAAUGUGGUGGAGUUGAAGGUAGGUCUGCACUGUGACGAAUGCAUUAAGAAAAUAUUGAGGGCCAUCAAGAAGAUUGAAGAUAUUGAAACUUAUGACAUCGACAAACAGCUAAGUAAGGUGACGGUAACGGGCAACGUCACGACUGAAGAGGUCAUUAAGGUUAUUCAUAAAGUUGGAAAGCAAGCCAGCAAUUGGGGUCAGCAAGAACCUUCCGCAGAUAAUUGUUACUCCUACUAGUACUCUACUCAGUCGAGCAUAGUGCUUUUCUUUGUCCGAUUAAUCGUUCGUUCCAUAUCCAUUUACUAAUAAGCCAGAGCAUGUCGUGGACCAUGAUAAGAGUAGAGCAUUUUAAGCUGGGGUGGAAAUAAUUACUAAUAUACAGAACUAGCAAAUUUAUAAGUAGCUGCGCAAUGCCUUGUCAUUUUCAAUUCUUGGUAGCGGGAAAUUGCAAGGUUCGAAGCCGAAUCAGUCAGCUUAGUAUUUUGUUUUGGUCAAAAGUCACUUUAUAUUUCAUUGCUAACUUGAUAUUAUAAGAUCAGCUAUAAACGGGUUACUAUCCAA